UUAGCUGCAGAUCUCUCGGCUAUCAAAGCCAACCUGACUGAGCGUCUCCAGAACAGUGAUAUCAAGUUGUCUUUUCUGACUGAAGAAAGAGACCUGCUGAACGCCAGCCUGGUUGAAAUAACUGAAGAGCUGAACAGCAUGACUGCAGAUCUCUCAGCUAUCAAAGCCAACCUGACUGAGUGUCUCCGGACCAGUGAUAUCAAGGUGUCUACCCUGACUGGAGAGAGAAACAUGCUGAACAACAGCCUCAUUAAAGUGACUGAAGAGCUGAACGGUCUGAAAUCAUGUCCUGCAGGAUGGAGGAUGUUCAGUUGCCCCUGUUAUUUCCUCUCUAAUGAGUCUGGUUCCUGGGAAAAGGGUAGAGAGGACUGUAAAACCAGAGGAGCAGAUCUGGUGGUCAUAAACAGCUCUGAAGAACAGAUGUUCCUCUCUAACUUCACCAAGGAAGAAAUUAUGGCUUGGAUUGGUUUGACUGAUAGUGUCAAGGAGGGGACCUGGAUGUGGAUUAAUGGAGCUCCACUGUCUCUACAACCUUUUCAGUAUUGGCGGAGUGGGCAACCUGAUAACAAUGGAGGACAUCCUUCUCUUGGGCAAGAGGACUGUGCCCACAUCAUAUAUGGAGGGGAGGGAAACAACUGGAAUGAUUUGUCAUGUAAAACCAAUAUGAGAUGGAUCUGUGAGAAAAUGGUUUAGCAUUGGUGCAUUAUUGUGUGUUUUCUGCUUCUACUGCUAAGAUAUAAACAUAAUUCCUUUGCACAAGUGUGUAAGGUUUCAUACAAUUUUACUCACAGGGGGCGCUACAGUAACAUUAAUGAUAUUUCUACAAUUCUGGGAAUUUGGUGCACAAGUUCACCAUAAGCAUGUGCACAACAAAGAAGCUGGACAUCUUGUGGCCAGUUAAAAAAUACUUUGUGUUUUGGUGAAUAACUCCUGAACUGUGAGGCAAAGACAAAGCAUUCAAAUGUGGUGUUAAUAGCGUCACCAUGUGGUUGGUUGUAAAACGUUUUUGACCUUCAUUUCAGAGUAUCAUUAAAAUACUUUGAGAUUCUCAAAGGUG